CAACAAAGUGGGGAUAAGUGUGGCGUGGGUGAACCGAAGUAUAGCGUGCAACGUUCCCCACUUUUGAAGCGCGUCAGCCGACGGCGGCUAGGUGUGCUGCUGCUGCCGUUGGCUAGCCAGCCAAGCUCAAGCAGGUGGCCAGGCGGCCGACCGGCUGGGCUGCAGUCGUCGAGAGCUCCCCUCUCGAACAAUGUUUACACAUACGUAGACGCGGCAUUGGCCGCUUUCCGCGUGUUUCACUCGAAUUCUCGCCGAGCUCGCUACUCGCUCUUCCAGAAAGACUGGCCACGCCUGACCUCACCGCCGCCGCUCGCGCUGUACAACCAGUAGAAGGGAUAUGGAUACUGCAGCAACAAAUUUGGUUGGUUAGUGAUUUCCUGUUCAUUCGGCUCGUUGCUCUCUGUUCACUUCUCAGCGAUUUUCCACUCUUCCCCUGCGGUUACGCAAACAAUAAUGUGCCACGGGGGAGUAAAUCAGCUCGGUGGCGUCUUCGUAAACGGGCGGCCGUUGCCCGAUGUCGUGAGGCAAAGGAUCGUCGAGCUUGCGCACAGUGGCGUCCGUCCCUGCGAUAUCUCCAGACAACUAAGGGUAUCCCAUGGCUGCGUAUCAAAAAUAUUAUCAAGGUAUUACGAGACUGGUAGUUUUAAAGCUGGAGUGAUAGGUGGCUCGAAGCCGAAAGUAGCGACGCCCCCUGUAGUCGAUGCGAUCGCCAACUACAAAAGGGAUAAUCCCACAAUGUUUGCUUGGGAGAUCCGUGACAGAUUACUAGCUGAAGGCAUUUGCUCACAAGACAAUGUACCCUCCGUCUCCUCGAUUAAUCGAAUUGUUCGGAAUAAGGCUGCGGAGAAAGCAAAACAUGCACACCAACAGCAGCAACAAGUACAGCAACAGCAAGGCCAACCGCAGCAACAGCAACCACAACAGGGCACGGGAGGUUCGGUGUCAGUAAUAACGCAUACUCCAGCGACAGCUCCAAAUGCCUACAGCAUUAGCGGCAUCCUUGGUAUUUCUGCGCAUCAUCAAGACCCCAACGGCAAUAGCAUCAAAAGAAAACACUCCGAUGAAGAUGAUAAUCGAGAGUUGACCGACCAUGCCGAGGAUGACCUUAAAAGGCAAAGAAACAACUAUAAUGGCGACCAAUUGUAUCCAAAUCUGUGGUCGACCAAAUGGAGUAUCAAAGACGAGCACAAACUGCUGAGCGAGCUGGGCGCUGGCGCGGGUGCAGGCAACCCCGCGGGGACCAGCAGCAGCGCCAAUAUCGGAGCCACCCCCGCGAGUAACACCGCCGCAGCCGCCGCGGCCAACAAUUACUACGAGCACAACUUUGCCGGUAACAGCAUCGCCACCUCGACCGAACUGUACGAUUCGGUGGGUACGAUCAGUGGCAGCAUGAGCCAGACGCAGGCGUCGCAACUCUAUACGCCGCCCAUUGGGGCCAACGUAGGUGGUACUUUGACGCCUCUUGCACCGCUAACCAUGCAAGAACUAAAAUUGGGCCAAUCAUUGGAUGGGACAAACAUGUCUCCUUACCAUACGACCGGGGAGAGUAGCAGCGUAGCGGUGUCGUACGUCGGGCCCGAGGUAGAGCAAAGCGCCUCGAUACAGGACGUGCAGUCACAGCGGCAGCAGCAUCACGAACAGCAAAACGAAAUGAGUGCGAGUUCAACAGUUACCGAGGCUGCUCAGUCAAGUGAGCCUGGAUUGACCGUGCUACAGCCUCCAGUAGCGGUCUCUCAGCCACAGUUGGCUACCUCUGCGAUCCCGCCCUACUCCAGCGUGCUGCCCAGCUUCGGACAUUAUACUAGCGGAGGUGGUGACUAUGCUUACAGUGCAGCCUACUCCCAAUACUCGGGCGCAUCCUACGCCGGAUAUGGCUAUGGGGCUGCAACAAGCGGGUUGCUCAACUCGACUUACUACUACUGCAACGGGGAUACGCUGGCGUCUUCCCAAACUGGCUCAGGACUCCAACAGCAGCACCAGCAAUUACAAUGCCAAUCUGUUACUGAUCAACAACUAAUUCAGCAACAUCAACAUAGCACGAACAUUGAAAGUAACAGUUUAGCGGAUGUCGCAUUGCGUUCGCCAUUGGCAGCCACACGAGCGAGCAGCGGUGCCAGUGCAGCGUCGCCAACAGGCAGCGCCUGCACUAAGCCCGAACAACCACAAACGCCAACCAAUAUGUACCUCGCCUAAUUACUCGGCGAUGGUUUUAGUUACAAGCAUGCAGAUCCAAGCUAAACAAAUAUUUUCUACCACUAGCUCCAUAUCAGUCACGUGUACCGGCCCCGGGUACUUACUCUAGUGCAGGAUCGAGCUCACGGCAAUCCAAUGUACUGAUCUCUAGACUCAGACGUAAUCUUUUUUACAACGCCACGCUUUACUCGCCAGCUAUAAGUUUUACUUUAGAUAGUUUAAUUUAAUUUAAUUUACCAACAUCGAUUAGCACGUUUGUCACGUUUAUUAUUAUAAGUAUUACCAUCAUUAUUAUUAUUAUCAUCGUCAUCUUUAUCAUCAUUAUCACCAAUAUAUCAUCACUAUGAUAUUUUUGCGUUUAUUUAUAUAUUCUUGCGCUCAUUUUUAUCUCUCAAGUAGACACGCCACUAUAAUUCUCUUCUCACCAAAUGAAAACGUUAAAAAAAUCUCAAUUGUUCCUACUGACAAGAAGGUCAUCAGAUCUGCGGUAAACUGAUGUUGAUAAACCUUUAGAACCUUAUUUUUUACAAUAAAUAAAAGUACCCAUGUGCCAGGGAAUUUUCUCUUAUGUCUUUCUUUUGAAUUUUCGAAGCCUGAUAUAAAAUAUAUUGAAUAAUCAAAUCCUCUUUCAAUUCGGAUAAGUUUUGAAACAAUGAAUCUAUUACAAUAUUUAGAAAAUUAAUAGAAAUCUAUGAUCAAGUUUCACUUUCAAAGAUAAUUCGUCGAUUGAGGUUAAAUCGUUCAGAAGUUUCAAUCAAUCGUAAAUAGAAUCUCGAAUAAAAUGCUUUCAUCAGAAAAUUGGCUUAUUAUUUUAUUAAAUUUCGUGUUAUUGUAACUUUGCAUGGACUGAAUCUUUUUAAACAAUUUUUAUACUGAAAAAUGUUAUCUUAAUUUUCUAUUAAUAUUUCUUUAAUUGCUAUUCUUCUCUGCUAUAAUUUCAUCUCAUUUGAAGCUGUGCUUGAUCGAUAUGAGUAAAUAAUCGACAUAGUAUUCGACUAUAUGUAUUCACAUACAUUGAUUCUGACUACAGCAAUUUUGAACUGUUAUUUUUUUUCUUAAGAGGUUUUCGUAUUUACCGACAUUGAUCAAGCAGAGUAUCAAUUUCUAUUAAUAUUUUUUAAAUUACGGCAAACCUAUCUAUAAGACUCAUUAAGGUUUAAAGAUAUGGUCUUAAAUAAUACACUUAAUACGCGGCUAUAAAUUCCCAAAAAAAGGUCCAUAUGAUAAAAUCUUAUAAUGUGGGUAUUUUUAUUUUUUAUAAAAAGAAUAUUUUUCUAAAGUAUCGUCAUAAUCGGUCUCAUGCAUGUCUCACGUCUUCUUGUAAAUCGCCGACUGUUCUUUAUAGCUUUUUUAUACUUUUAGAAACUACAAUGUACUGUGAAGAAAUCUCUUUGCUAUAUAUAUACAUCACUCUUGCUAUGUAUAUAUUUAUUCUUAACAGAAAUUUUUAUGGCAUAAAUGAUAAUUGUUUUCUUAUGUUGAAUGAAAUUCAUAAUGAAAUUCAUUAUAUUAAAUUUUUAGGAUAUUCUUUGAGUUUUGAUGAUAUUAAAUAGGAUUGCACAUUUAGCAAUCUUGGUAGAAUACACACAUAUAUUUUUUAUACUUUGAUCGCUGCAAUAAUUGUAAAUAAUUCAAAGACUGAUAGAACACUUGAUAAUUGCAUUGCAGAGCACAAAUUUAUUAGAGCAUCCAAUUGUCUAAGUUUGAAAAUUUGAUUUUUCUGUUACUGUGUGAACACUGUAUAUUUACAUACGUCACGAUAUAUUAGGAACCUGUAGAUUGGUCGUUACACAAUUUAUGAUGAAACUAGCGAAUGAUACAUAUAUGCUGACGUAUCCACUUGAGAGAAGAAAAUAUAUGUUGCGAAGCGCACAGAUCUUCACUUAAAGUCAUAUAUAAGUAAAAAUUUUACUAAGGAAAAAGAGUUUAUUUGAAUUUUCCAGUUUUUUAGUAAGCCCAUGAUAUUAUGGUGUAAAUAUGUAUACAUGUAUGUAUGUACAAACGUAUAUAAAAGCUUUGCAAUAUAUAUAUACACACACAUAACAGAUUUUUCGUGCAAAAUUCAAGAUGUAAGUGCUUGCUAUGUACAAAAUUGUUGUUGUGCUAAGUAUUGAGUACACUUUUUGUUAAACAAAAUAUGUAAAAUCACCACCACUUACGAACAUAUUACUAUGAGUAGUUAAUAAAAACUCAAUUGUACCUUUAUCACGCGUAGUCGUAAAACAAGGAGA